GGCCCCGGGCGGCGGCGCGGCGCGGGCGGCAGCAUGGUGGAGAAGCGCUGCCCGCUGCAGAGGGACAGCGUGUACCGCUGGUUCUCGGAGCUGCCGUCGCCGCAGCGCGUGGAGUUCCUUUGCGGCCUGCUGGACCUGUGCAUCCCACUCGAGCUGCGCUUCCUCGGCUCGUGCCUCGAGGACCUGGCACGCAAGGACUACCACUCGCUGCGCGAUUCCGAGAUCAAGGCCAACAACCCGGCGGAUCUGGGCAGCCUCACCAACCUGACGGACGAGGUGGUGCGCAGCAAGCUGCUUGUGUCGCUGGCGCUGCUGGGCUCUGAGCAGCGCGAGGCGGCGGGCGUGCUGUACCGCACGCUCACGCACAUCGACUCCAUCAUCCACAACUACGGGCUGCAGCUCAACGAGGGCCGCACGGGCGAUGAGUUCCUGCUGCUCUUCACCAUGGCCUCCAACCACCCGGCCUUCAGCUUCCACCAGAAGCAGGUGCUGCGCCAGGAGCUCACGCAGAUCCAGAGUAGCCUGAGCAGCGGCGGCGGCGGCGGCGGCAGCGGGGGCCACGGGGGCAAGAGCGUGCUGCCCACCUGCCCAGCCUGCCACAAGGUCACUCCGAGAACUGAGACCCCCGUCAGCAGUGUCAGUAAUAGUUUGGAGAAUGCACUACGUACAUCAGCACAUUCCACUGAGGAGUCGCUGCCCAAGAGGACUGUAGGAAAACACUCCAAAGUGAGUGUUGAAAAGAUAGACCUGAAGGGAUUAUCACAUAAAAAAAAUGAAAGAAAUGUUGAAUGUUCCUUUGAGGUCUUGUGGUCUGACUCUUCAGUAACAUCAGUAACCAAAUCUUCCUCUGAAGUGACUGAAUUUAUUUCAAAGUUAUCUCAGCUAUACCCUGAAGAAAAUUUGGAGAAAUUCAUUCCUUGCUUAGCUGGCCCAGAUUCGUUUUAUGUAGAGAGAAACCACAUGGAUCUGGAAGCGGACCUGAGGUAUUUGGCUUCAUUACCUUCUCACAUAUUGAAGAAUGACCAUGUUAAGAAGUUUUUCAGCACUUCGUCUCCCACCCAACAGCUUCAAAGUCCAAGUCCUGGCAACCCUUCCCUUUCUAAAGUCGGUACCAUGAUGGGCGUGUCUGGAAGGCCCGUAUGCGGAGUGGCCGGCAUCCCGUCCUCUCAGAGCGGCGCUCAGCACCACGUGCAGCACUCGGCCGGCGCAGCCGCCUUGCCCCACUGCUCCCACAGUGGCGGCGGGGGCUCGACACUGGCCUACCGGACCCAGAUGGACACCUCGCCUGCCAUCUUAAUGCCUUCCAGUCUGCAGACCCCUCAGACCCAGGAGCAGAAUGGGAUUUUAGAUUGGCUGCGGAAACUGCGUUUGCACAAGUACUACCCCGUCUUUAAACAGCUCACGAUGGAGAAGUUUCUGAGUCUUACUGAAGAAGAUCUAAAUAAAUUUGAAUCCCUCACCAUGGGAGCAAAGAAAAAACUCAAGACUCAGCUGGAACUGGAGAAGGAGAAGUCAGAGAAACGGUGCCUGAACCCCUCAGCCCCACCCCCGGUCACCAGCAGCGGAGUGGCCCGCGUGCCCCCCACCAGCCAUGUGGGGCCCGUGCAGACAGUGCGAGGCACCCACGCGGCAGCACUGCGGGUGGAAGUGGAGCAGCCCCCCCACCAGGCAGCCCGGGAAGGCAGCUCCUCCGAAUGCUCCAGCUCCUCGCCCAGCCCCAUGGGGGUGCAGGCCCGAGAAGAGAGUUCGGACAGCGCUGAGGAGAACGACAGACGUGUGGAGAUGCACUUGGAGGGCUCCGAUAAGGAGAAGCCGGUCAUGCUGUUGAAUCACUUCACUUCAAGUUCGGCCAGACCCACGGCCCAGGUUCUCCCUGUGCAGAAUGAGGCGGGCUCCAGUCCCUCCGGCCACCAUCCGCUGCCUCCGCAGAUGAUGCCCGCAGCCUCGCACAUCGCUCCCAUCCGAAUGCUGAAUUCCGUGCACAAAUCGGAACGGGGAGGCACAGACAUGAAACUCCUCUCGUCUUCUAUGCACUCACUGCUGUCUCUAGAAGAAAGGAAUAAAGUCUCUGGACCAAGAAGCGGCAUCAAAGUGGACAAGAGCUUCGGCAAUGCCAUGAUGGACGUGUUACCCACGUCAGCGCCCCAUCCGCCCAUGCAGGUCCUCUCUGGACUUGCCGAAAGCAGCUCUGUGUCACCCAGCGUCUCCUUUGGUCCCCGCACCAAAGUCGUCCAUGCGGCCACACUGGACAGGGUGAUGAAGCCGGCCCCGCAGCCGGCCCUGGUGGUCGAGACAAGCACGGCGGCUGUGGGGACAUCCAGCACGGUCUUCCACGUGGCUCGGCCACCCAUCAAACUUCUGGUGUCUUCAUCUGUCCCUGCGGAUUCUGCCAUUUCUGGGCAAACUUCUUGUUCUAAUAACGUGCAGAUCAGUGUGCCCCCUGCAAUAAUAAACCCCCGGACUGCUCUGUACACAGCCACCACCAAAGCUGCCUUCUCUGCGAUGAGCAGUGUGCCCGUGGGCCCCCUGCAGGGCAGCUUCUGUGCAAACAGCAACACUGCCUCCUCCAGUAGCCACCCUGCCCCGUCUUUCCCAAACAUGGCCAGUGUGCCCAGCUGCCCGGCCCCCAGCUCCAGCCCUGCGCUCUCUUCCGUCCCCGAGAGCAGUUUCUACAGCAGCAGCGGCAGCGGGGGCAGCGGCUCCCCCGGGAACAUUCCUGCCUCUGCUCAGAGCCACCACCACCACCACCACCACCAGCAGCCGCCGGCGCCCCAGCAGCCCUCGCCCGGCCCGCCGCCCGGCUGUGUCGUGUGCACGUCGUGCGGAUGCAGCGGGAGCUGCGGCUCCGGCGGCCUGACCGUCAGCUACGCCAACUACUUCCAGCACCCGUUCUCGGGGCCGUCCGUCUUCCCCUUCCCCUUCCUGCCCUUCAGCCCAGUGUGCGGCAGCGGCUACGUGGGCACCCAGCAGUACGGCAGCAGCGCUUUCCCGGUUGUGCACUCGCCCUACGGCGGCAGCGUGCCCGCCGAGCCCGUGCUGGGCGGCCAGUCCGCGUUUGCCGUCCCGCCGGUGCAGAGCUUCAUGGCGGGGGCGGCCGGCGUGUACCAGGCCCAGGGCUUGGUGGGCAGCAGCAACGGUUCCAGUCACAAAAAGAGCGGCAAUCUCUCGUGUUACAACUGUGGGGCCACCGGUCACCGCGCUCAGGACUGCAAGCAGCCGUCCAUGGACUUCAAUAGGCAAGGUACUUUUAGGUUGAAAUAUGCCCCUCCAGCAGAGAGUCUGGACUCCACAGACUGAUAUUUUUCUCUGGCAACAGAACACUAUUAAGCCAUGGAGACAUAAGGAAAACUAAAUACAAAACUGAGAAGUCUAGUUGCUGUUGAGCUUAAUAUUUUUAAUCCAAAGGUGCUUUACUUUACUAGACUGGAUAGAAAAACCUAGCAUAGGAGUGCAUCAAACUCAAGUUUUAUUGCCAAAAUUCUAGAUUGGAGCUUGAUGUCAGGACUUGCCUAGUGGGUAUCUCCACAGCGGGUGAAAUUGGCCACCUCCACCCGUGGCUGCAAUGCGGAGACCUCCCGUCCCCAGAAGAGCAUUGCUGUAAUUGGUCCUCCUAGGCUCACACGUAAUUCCAGGGCAGCUACGCGAGAUCGGAAUCGAGAACUGAAGGUUGGAGUUCUCCAAGUGGAGUUCCACCAGUCGGACUCUUGACACCCCUGGGUGAGGGAAAAUGUCACCUUUGUUUUUGUUUUGUUUUGUUUUGUUCUGUUCUGUUCCUAAAGUGGUUAGGCACUAAUUUCUGGGCUUUUUAAGGAUUGCACUACAGAAGAAUGUAAACUGAUGUCAAUCUCUGCAGUUCUGGGAGACAAACUCCCUGAGACCAGUCAGUGCAAGACACUCAGAGAAUCUGUUUCUAAAGAGUUGGCACCAGCAGGCUCCAUGACUUAGUCCACAACAGAGAUUUUAGUAUUUACUUCCCUCCGUAAAACACUUGUAGCAGUUUCAGGUUUUCAAUUUUUUUCUGCACAUAAAACUAAACUACAUUAUUAAAUAGAAGUAGUUACUCACAACAACUUAAUUUCUAAGGGUCCAAGUCCCAGAGAAUCCCUAGUUGUCGGAAUGUUGAGAAUAUCUUCCUUCCCGGCCCUUCCAUAGCUUUGAGCCCUGUCACCUUCCACCAGGUAGGAGCUCUUGCAGAGACCGUGACAGCACGGCCUUUGUGAGUUGGCUCUGAUGGAAAUUACCCAUCCUUAGCAAAGUUUGUGGUUUUUUGUUCUCUUGGUUUUUUUUAAAUCUCACACAGACUUCCCAAGGACCCUAAGGCUUAUGCUAACGAUUCAUACUUGAGAUGCACAUUUCAACAAUAAUACAGUCCACUUUUUGAGCAAAAGAUUUGAAAUUUCUCCUGUCAACUUCUUUUGCUGUGUAUUAAUACUUAGUUAUAUUAAAAAUUACCUGGAAAACUACAAUAGAAAGUGGUUAAGACUCUGAAAGAGACCACACCAACAGGACAGAACUACAGGAUUUGCAGAAGUCCAGUUUUAUCAAGGUGGGAAAUAGAGUCCUCUCCACGCAGCUCUCAAUUUCACCCCAGUGCAAUGAGAGCUUUUUGGUUUGAAAUUUAGGGACUUAAAUCCUCAAGGCUAAAGGGAAUUUUCUGCUCAAAUACUAUUAUUUUAAAUGCUACAAAUACUAUUAUUUUAAAUGCUAAAGCCUUCAGUAUUAAAAUAUUCAUUGGUAAGGCCUUGCCCAGGGAUUUUCCAGUUGAGUAUUUAUUUAAGAAAAGAAAAUCACAAUAUUCAGAUCAUUCUUCAGAUGGGACAAUCAGCCUCAGGCAAAAUUGGUGUAAAUCAAAAGAAUACCUUAGAAUUUGAGGCAUGGUGAUGUGAGACUUCAAAUUUUGACAUCAGUUUCCUGGCUUUAUGGAAACUGAAGCAGAAAGUUGUUACAUUUUUUUAGGAAAGGCUUUUAGUAGAGUUUUUAGAGUUUUAUUUUAGUAGAGUUUUAUUUCUAUGCAAUGCAGAAUUGGCAGACUCUGUAUUCUUAUCUCUCUUCCUGGUACACAGACAGUAUUAUAUACAGUUUUUAAGAAACAGUUAUGCUUACAACAGCUUUUUGGGGGGAAUGUUACAUUGAUCUCUUAAAUAUAAACACUACAAAAAUGUCAAAAUAAUGGGAACUGACACAUCUUUGCCUUAAAGAGUACUAGACUGGGACUUGUCACACUAUGUUAAAGGAAGACUUAAGAGUGUUCAUUGAUGUUUACGAUUUUAAUAUUUCUGAAGGCCGUUACAGUGGCCUAGAUAUGUGCUGGAAGCCAAACUUUUAAAUUUUUUGGUUUUUUAAACAAAGAAAUAUUUUAAAUAAAUCCUAUUUCAACACAGUGAAAUUGUUGAAAACUGUCUCAUAACAAAAGAAAAAAGUCAUAUUUAGGUUUUUUGUUUUAAUGGUCAGUAUUGGGGAAUGAAAGUGUCUGCUGUUACCCUUAUAACUAUUUUGAUAAAUAUUAGAGGUUAGUAUUAAAUACAACAAAAAAUUAAAACAGAAACUUCAGUUUGAAAUACGACAUUCAAAUUGAGGUAAAUACGUUUAGACAUUGCGUGGCUGUGUUCCCGUCAUCAAAGGUCUUAGAAAAAUUCCCGGUUUCUGUGAAAGUGCAUGUGUGGUGUGACAUCUCCAAUGAGGUCACUCCAAGUUGAGAAUUGUAAAACAUGAAUCUGAGCUACACAGGACACAGAGCUGCCAAUCCAUGAGCUCUCUUCCCAAGUGAACUGCAUACUCGGACUUGGGAAUGUUUGCUGGCAGUAUGAUCUCGGAUGAAUUUCUCUCCGAAAGCAACCAAAGUCAGUAAGCCUAAAGAGCAUUUUGCAUUUCCUCAGAAGACGUCCUCAUCAGUUAGAAACACAAAUCAGACUGACCCCUUCAACUACUUAGUCGUUUUCCUGAAAUCAUGGGCUGUGGCAACCAGGUAGGUGUGGCACCAGCCACUUUGUUCUGUGUAGUCUGUCAUAUAUUCAAGUUUCUAACCCCAUGCUCUUAUCUCCAAGAAUGGGGAAAGUAGAAUGUACAGAUGGAAGUAGAAUAUAAUGUUGGGAUGAAACAAUUAUUUAAUCUUUUUUUUUUUUUUUUUAAGCAAAACACUCAAUUUUCUACCUUAUUUUCUAAUUUUUAUUUCAUGGUUAUACUGAAAAUUGGAAAGUGUUUAAACGUUAAAAUUCCUAAUUGCUAAAGAGCACUGAGGAAAAGGGAGCUUAGCACUUCUAAUAAAAACAAAUUUUAUUUUUUUGAAAGCAGAUAUGUGAUUGGGUAUUUAAAAAACCAGCAUCAUCUAUAAUCUCCAAAAGAUUACAGGAGUCAGCUUGUUAAUAUAGUAGUUAGUAGACUGAGUAUUUUAAUUCACUAUUUAGAAUUCUAUAGGUCCUUUAUCGCAAGACGUCAACAUAGUUAAUUUACACUACACGUUAUGUAUGGAGGCGCAGUAGUAGUGGUAGUAACUUCACCUAACGUCACACCGCUGUGACGUGUUUCCUGUUUGAGCACAGGCUGACCGAGGCUUGCACUCGCCCACUCAUUCCGGUGUUUGCAGUGAGCACUCACUGAAGGAACUGGGUUGCACCCUCCUCACUGCCUAUCAUUUUGUCACUCUUCCUGCUUCUGUGGUGGUUUAUUUGAUGCCUUGCUACUUUUCCAUACUGGUAACUGAUGGCGUUACAUGUAUAAGUCUUAAAGGUUGUAAGGGAAACUGUGUCCCUGCUCAGCUCGACCACCCGUCCCAGAGGAUGGGCCUGUGGAACCUGAUCGUGUCGGCCAUCCUUUCCAAAGUGCAGAUGACUCCCAAAGAAUGAGUCAGGUGACAUUUAAAGCCGUGGGUUCUGAGAGGCUCAAUUGAAAAGUCCCAAGGUUCUAGAGGAAAGUGAGUAUCUUUCAUCCACAUUCGCAAAACUACAUACUGUGCUGGUUGAGGCCAAAGGUCAAUGUUACUACACUGUUGAGGGAGGGGCGCGCCUUUGUCGGUGGGUCCUCAGUCCCGGGUAUUGUAACAAGCCCCUCACAUGCAUAAGUUCUUACAUGCACAACGACACAGGCUUUGGUACUGAAACUGAAGACCUUGUAUACUCAAGAAUCUUCACAGCUUCUAUUGGACAUAUUUUCUUUUUAGGAAUGAAGGAAAAUUCUCCCAUUUUUGAGCCAUUCUUUUAUGUCAAUUCUACAAAAUUGCAUGUAACUUUAUAAAUAUUUUUAAAAGAUAUAGUUUUGUAAAUAUUUAAUAUUCUGCUAAUUUGAUUUUGAAUUGUAAAUGUCAAGUAUUCUGUUUUUGGGGUUUUUAUGUUUUAUUAUACUUUGUUAAAAAGGAAAAAUUGUACAUUUUUAGAAUGUUUUUAUGAGUAAAUUUAAUGUACUGAAAAUAAAAAUUAAAAAAAAAAAGCCGUGUUUCAUUUUAUUAGGUCGUCUCAAAAUAUGAAGCACACAUCUUUUCAAAAAAACCCACAAUUCUUGAUCUUCAAACUAGGGAGUCAAUCCUUUCUGCUUUCUUCCCAGCUUUACAAAAGGGAUACUUGUCCUUAAAUCCAUUUUCUAUCGUGUUUUUUCCAGGUUUUUAAAAAGUGUCCCUGGUAUGAAGAGAAACGUGAAUUCUUGAUUUGGGGAUUUAAAGAUAUUCCAGCUGUAGGUUCCAUGUACGAUCAAGGUUGGUGUUAACAGGUCUAAGCAUCUUUUGAACGUUUCCAAAUGCGUGGUGAAUGUGUUGUCAUCUAAAGCUCCGUCCUCUCUGGAUUUGGGAGGGUGGCAGUCUAAUGAGCAUGCCUCAACCCCACUGUUAACAGCCAGGCACCAGAGGGAGGGUCCUGGUGCCUUACCCCCAUAGGGGUCCCCAAGAUACGGUCUUUUCAGGCCUGUAGUUAACCAGAGGAAAACACACACACACACAUGGUUCUAGGUAUGGUCAGGGCCCAUCGGAUAAAUGACAUCAGGAGACACAGCUGGCAACCCGACAAGGAGGGCCUUUUUGGUUACAUCCAGGGCUACGGUUGUCUCAAGAGAACCAUACAGGCCAGGCCUCUGAAGAUAGGGAACGUGCACAUCUGCUGAAAAAGAAACUCAGGGAAGCAGAGCAUUUCCUCAGCUUGCUCCCUAUAUUCUUUCAGAAAUGUUUCAGUGCCUACUUCAAUUUGAGUUGGGUCCAGAGUUUUCCGAAUGAGGAACACUGGCCACUAUGCGGCUCGUGUGUGUACUGUUGUCUUUACCUGUGAGGCAGCUCCAGUCACCUGACUAGGUACCAUAAGCCACAUAGUGUUUUCUUGGCCCCACAAGACAUGUACAUUUGUGUUUUACUUUGGUGUUCAUUUAGAGAUUUUCAAAUGUUUAUUCCUACAAAAUACCUAGGUCCCACAUCCAUCCUCACAUUCUGUGGCUUGUCUGUAAGUUCUCAAGAGAAGUUUCAUAAGGACAAGACCAGGUGGCCAGACCUUGACCAAUGUGAGGAAGGCAGCAAAGACCUUCAGAGGUGGGUGUCCCUCCACCCGGCUGCUCCCCCAGCAAAGGGAAACCAGCCGGAAUGCUCCUUGUUAGGAAGGAUGUUACUUGGCUUUGGGUAGUACAGACAGUAUGCAGAAUUGCAAGUCUCAAAUACUGAUCCAUUAAAUUGAGCGUUGAUGAGUUUUCAGUUGUGCCUUUAUUCACCUUAGUUCAUUAAAAAUGUACUUGUUUUAAAGAUCCUAUAUAGAAUGACGACCCACUAAUGUGGGUAUGUCACCCCCUCAGCAUGGUAUUUUUGUUUUUUUAAAAAGCAGAAUCUCUUAUAGGAAUCUUAUUGAUCACACAGUAGUUACAAGUGUCAGAUAUAAUGACGUAUACAAUCUAAACAAGACAGGCUGAUUAAGAAUGUACAUAAUGUAAAAAUAUACAUAUUAAAAGUUCGGCAUGUGGACAGAUGCAUGCAGCGGGAGGAGUGGGUGAUGGGAGGUUGGUGGUCGAGGGCCCCCUUUGCCCUCCAUUACAGUAAAUAACUUCCACUAACCGAUAACAGGUGUCCCCACACAUCUAAUGUACAAGGGCAAAUCAUGAGCUGCUACAUGUAGUCCAAAGUGGUCUGUGAUCUUCAUGAAAGUGGUCUGUGAUACCUUCAUGAAACUAGUAACUAGUGAACCCCAUGCAGGUAGUAAGAAGCACUGGUUAUUUGUUCUAGUUAGACUGGGGAAAUGUUGAACUUGUGACAUACCUGUGAAGAGAAUAUGUCUCCUUUUACUAUGUUUUCUUUACAACUGACAUGCACUUAACGUGGGGGGAUUUCGAUGGUGGUUUGACCUACCAGUGAUAAUUGAAAUACUCUGAAAAUAAAUGUGGUUAACUUUUUAAUAAUGUAUUUUAGCUACAUACUUAAAACAUGGAUCACCUAUAGCUUUAAGCCAAAAGGUAGAGGAAGUCCAUCUGAAUUUUAAUGCUCUUAGUUUCAGGAUUCUGUAGUUUCUACUGUCCUAAAGAAUGAAACUGAUACAACUGUUUAGUUACCAAAGCAGGCACUAGUUUGUGCUCUUAGAUCAGAGAAUAUCCAAAACAGAAGAAAUGUCACUCUUUUUUUCUUUGGACCUUUUGAGAUACCAAA